AUGUUUGACUUUAAUCAAUACAUACAGAUUACUGAAGUUAACAAGUUCACCACCAGCAAUCUUCAGAAGAAAUGGGAGACCACUAGAUCUGUUAUUAUUCUCCAGCUAAUAUGCUGGUGGAAUGAUAGAUUACAAGGUGCCACCAUGACAGUACUCACUCAGAUCAAUGGUGAAUACAAUAUACCCAACCAUGCUUGGAAAUUAAUCUCCUAUCCAUAUUACACCAAGUAUGCUAAGUCUGGGGAUAAAACUGGAUUUCACCAUAUUGAUGUCAAUGUUCCAGAUGCUAUUACUACUGGAAGAGGCAUUAACAUGAUACAAGAAUUCUUGACCUUAACAGCAGAAGAGCCUGGCAACUGCACAGAAAUCUUGCCAGAAAUGCAUAACCAUCUAGAGAAUUUGUGGAAACUAGUCAAAGAACAAGACUUAUUUACUGAUGACUAUGUUCACCAUAUUAAGAAUACAAUAUAUACCAAAGACAACAAAAGAAAAUUUGGUAUUAGAUGGACUAACAUUAUUUACAAAUCUGGUGAUGUUCAAAUUACAAGCUCUCUGCUGCUUUAUGGAGCUUAUGAUCCAUGCAAAAAGGUCUGGCAUACUAUACUACUCUGGUAUAUGGCAAUCCAGAAGGACCAUGAACAUCUUGAAGUUAAUGAAGCUGUGAUUGAGAAGCUCAAUACCCUCUUUGGACCAGAAGAGAAGAAAGCUCAGAACUUCAUUAAUAACUGGCAUCUAAAGGCCAUGUGA